AUGUUUUCAGUUACCAACAAAAUCUUUCAUGCAAAGCACAAGCAAGAAGGUUCUCUUCAUUGGACAUUCUCGUUUUUGUUAGCGUUGUCACAGCUCACUGAGGAAUGUUGGUACUCUGUGCAGAAUCCACUCUUCUUACUGAGAUUGUAUCAUGAAUUCAACAAGAAUGAUUACAAAAUCACUGUGUGUCCCAUGAGUUUCUAUGGUGUCACCUAUGUGGUUGUCCAAUGGUUCCUUGGUGCUUCCAACAUGCAUGAGAUUAUCAGAAGAGCUCUUUCAUUAGCUUUCAUGUCCUUGUCCUUCGUCUGGUCAUUCACCAUCAGUAAUCAAAUUGCUGGAAUUGAAGAAGAUCGUAAGAACAAAUCAUGGAGACCUCUUCCCAAGAAACUUUGUUCGGUUGCCUUUGCUACACUCCUUCUCAUUCUCUCUACUGUAUGUUAUCUCAUCCAUGGUUUGAUCGAAGAUGUCUUUUGGUACUGUGCUGUGUGGGUGGUAACUUUUAUCAUUCACAACCACUUGAAGGGUGAUGUACUUUGGUGGUCCAAAAAUCUUUGCAAUGCCAUCGGAGCAUUUUGCAUGCAAAGCUCUUGCUGUCAAAUGAUGACAGGUCGUGUCGAUGUGUUUUCUACUUUGGUUUUCGCGGUGACCAGUGCUUACUUUUGGUGUGUCAUUGACAUGCAAGAUUACCGAGAUUUGGAAGGAGAUCAGAUUAUUGGAAGAGAAACCUUUCCCAUGAUCUUCCAAGACAUGACCGCCGCUAGAAAGGCCUUCUUUGCAAAAGCUCUCGUUUCUUCCAUGUUCUAUGCCAUUGCCAUGUUUGCCGUUCUGCUGUACUGCAAACAAGAGAAUGUCCACUCCGAAAUUUCGUCCAUGCAAUGGAUAGUCUUUGUGGCCUAUGUCGUGAUUGGAAUCGUAUGGAUAUGCAAAGGAAGUCUUGAAUUGUUGAAGAAUACGGAUAAGAACCAAGAUGAUCGGACCUACAAGAAGUGUAUUCCUGUAUGGUACUUGUUUCAAUUGCUCCUUUUUCCAGUAGUGCAUGGUGUUCUCUAUCCAACUGUCAUGGAUCAGUAG